AUGAGUCGGUUGAGAUUCGCUGGUUCAAUAGAGCACGAAAUCGUUAUUGCUACUUGCGGCGGAGUACUUAAAGCUUUUGAGCUUGGAAGGUUGAAUCUAUCGGAAUUGCAACUUCUUAUCAUCGAUGAAGCUGACAAAAUGACGGAUUCGACCCGUGGUUUUGGCUACGAUAUCUCUGAUAUUUUAUCCAGGAUCCCCGAGGAGACAAGGGUCAGUUGGCAACAGAUGGGUGUCUCCCUACCAUUGGUAUAUGGUACACAAGUUAAGUAUUGCAGCGCUGACAUACCAGUCUUUAUCGAUCUGCCUGCUCCAAAGGGUUAUGUCACUCAAAGGGUAAUUGAGAAAGGCGAGCGAACAUCUUUUUGUGUCAAACCGACUUUCGAUAAGGAUUUGGGUUGGUUAGUUGGAUUAAUAGAGGCGGACUUGAAACUUCAUGGAAUGAAGAAAGAAGGUCCAUUCAGGAAGUCAACAGUGAUUUUUGUAGAGAAGAAGAUUACUUCUAAUUAUCUCGCGUUAUUCCUGCAACAAUUAGGAUAUUAUUUCGAGCCGAUGAAUUCGGAUUACAUCGUUGCCGACAACAAAGAGACGAUCCGAAGAUUGCUGGAUGGUGAAAUCCAAGGUUUAGUGGCCACGAAUAAACUUUCCCGUGGACAAGAUAUUCCUGAUGUAGACCAUGUUAUCAUAUACGAAAUGGCAGAAUCUUUCAAUGAUUAUAAGCACAGGAUUGGGCGUACUGGCCGAAUGGGUCAAGGAGGACGAGUUACAGUUAUGUUUAAUGUUCAGAGCGAUGAAAGGCAUAUUGUGCCUUUUGUUGACUUCUUGAAGUAUCAUAAUCAGAUCAUUCCGGAAUGGUUAUGGGAUUUGUACUGCUCACGUACUCACGAACAGAAGGCGAAUGCGACAUGCUCUGACAGCUUUGUUUCGGCUGGUACCGAGAUAUCUGCCGUGGAAGACAGCAACGAUGAUGAAGUGUACUGUAAUCGCAUGGGUGCUGAGGAAUACGGAAAAAUAUUGUGUAAGAUCAUUGCC